AAAAUAAAGUUUCAAACUUGCGUUUUUCCUCCUAUUCCAUUCUUCUCCAGAGCGCCUUUGGUUUUCUUGUACUAGUAACUCGUCCUCCUCCUCGUCUAGGGUUUUCUACAUGCGACCAAUUAGAGCCGAAGCGGCGUCGUUUUAAUCGAAUUCCGAGUCGGAAAUUGAAAUUGUCCGGAUGGAGAGAUUGGCGGAGGCGGCCACCACGGCGGCGCUGGGGUUCGUGAGGUGGGAGGAGGUGUUUGUGUCCUCCGAUAAAGGGCGGAGAGAGGUUCAUUACUAUCUGAAGCGGAGCGACGGGAGCUCAGAUCUGGCUGUGAUAGGGAAAGAGAAGAGCUUGAGGCACAUGUCCUAUCACUAUGCCUUUCGAAACCGGUCUUUGUUCCCGGCGUCUUCGCUGGUUAAGCUCAAGUCGCGUAGAGAGGUCGUCGAUUGGCUCAAGUCUGUGGUUUCAGAUGUGCUGCCUCGAGUACCAUCUCGUUUAGAUGGAAGCAUGUUGGAUGGUAAAGAUGCUGGCGAGGUGGAUAUUGAACUUUUGAAGGUUACUCACUUACGGAAGAUGGGCCGCUAUACUACAGAGUUUAUGUGGUUAGGUUCUCCUUUAAAGGGAAGGAAAAAACGGAGGCAUUACCAAUCAUUCAGCCGUAAUGGAGUUAUAGUUUCUGUUCAUGACUUUGUAUUUGUUUUAGCAGAGGAGGAUAAGCGUCUUGUUGCGUACUUAGAAGAUAUGUACGAGGACUCUAAGGGUAACAAGAUGGUUGUUGUUCGCUGGUUUCACAAAGUUGAUGAGGUUGGUAUGGUCUUGCCUCUCAAUUUUAAUGACAGAGAGAUUUUCUUUUCUCUCUGUCACCAACAUCUCAGUAUUGAAUGCAUUGAUGGAUUGGCUACUGUCCUCAGCCCUGUGCAUUUUGAGAAAUUUCUGAAAGAGGCGAAGCAAACACAGCUGGAACCCUUUGUAUGUCAUAAACAGUUUGAAAAUGAUGAUGUAAGGCCCUUCGACAUUACUCAAGUUGAAGGUUAUUGGAAACAGGAGAUACUUAGAUACAUGCACACAGUUACCCCUUCAAAGGUUCCCGUCAGUUCUCAACAAUCUGUUGAUGAGUUGAAAGCGGAAGAAGUUGCUCAUGCCAGUGAUAUCAGACCUAAAAAGAGGCAGCGUUCUUUAAAAGAUGAUGAUAUGCAUGUUGAAGGUAUUGAAAGAAGGGUGUCACUGGGUGCAGCAUGUGGGGAAGCAGGCUAUAUAAGUAAAAAUGUGACUGAUUGUAAAAGUGAAGCCUUCAGUCUUGGUAAGAGAGGUUCUGCUGUUAUUUUACCUUGUCCAGAUGUGAAACAAAUCCUGCUGCAGUAUCUAGCAGUAGGUUCCCAGGUUGAGGUCCUUUCCCAAGAUAGUGGCAUUAGAGGGUGUUGGUUUAGAGCAUUGAUUAUCAAGAAGCAUAAAGAUAAAGUUAAGGUGCAAUAUCAAGAUAUUCAGGAUGCAGCUGAUGAAGCUAACAAACUUGAGGAAUGGAUUUUAGCGUCAAAGAUUGCGGCUCCUGAUCAAUUGGGGCUUCGGCUUUCUGAUAGGCCAAGUAUUCGGCCAUGUAUAAAGUCAAACAAAGGUAGAGUUUCAUGGUCUGUUGAUGUUGGGAGUGUUGUUGAUGUCUGGAGGCAUGAUGGUUGGUGGGAAGGCAUGGUACUUCAGAAGGACUGUGAUGACAGACUUCACGUAUACUUCCCAGGAGAGAAUCAGGUUUUGAUUGCGGGGCGUAGUGAAGUGCGACAUUCUCAAGAGUGGCUGGGGAGAGAGUGGGCUUAUAUAAAGGACAGGCCAGACCUUGUGGCCUCAAUAUCAAGUAAUUUAGAAACUAAGAAAACUGUUGGAAACUCAUUUGAUGGCGUGUCAGGGCUGUCUGAAAUCAUUGAUAGCAGAGAGUUGAAGAAACAUGAAACAUCUGCUCUUUCCUCUGAUAAUGACAAGGAUGAAAAAGUAAAUGAAGUCGAUAAGGUUCCAGAUCUUUUGAAGGAUGAUCUCUUUGCCCAGCUGAAGUGGAAGUCUUCGAGGAAGAGAAGACGUGGUAAUGGAAGCUCUGCCCAAAAGUUGCAUUUUGGUAGUGAUGGUAAAAGCACCUCUGGCCUCGUGGGAUCCAAAUCUUGUGAAAGAUAUUUGAUUCCAUCGUCUCUCAUGGUUGACCACGAGAACUGCAAAUAUUUAGGGGAUUCUCUUUUCAGUUCAUCAGUUGCGCCUUCUCUAACAAGCUUAGUUAUGUAGUCUUUCUAGUCACAGUAUAUAUCAGCUCGGGUGCAUCGUAUCGAUGCUGCUCCUUUUUAGUCAGUCUAGCUCAGCAAUGUCAUCUCUGGAAUGUUUUUAUUUUGAGAGGUCAUGGCGUCCAAGUUUUAUCUUAUGCAACAAUCAGCCUUAAGGGCCUUAUGCCCUGUUAUUGUCAGGCUGAAAUUUUGGGUGCAAUAGGAAUCUAGAGUAGGCCUUGUAGAGCAUCUAACUUUUUCUUCAUAUCUUUAUAUGUUUAAUGUAAUUAUUUUGCAUAAUAAAAUUCGUUUUGUGCCA